CUGCCAAUGUUGGCUUCAGGAUUCUCCAUUGAUUUUUUUUAUUCAAUUUGAUUUCCUUUCCCUUUCAGUUGUUAGUUAGAUCUAUAGCACUUCGUAAUGAGAAUGAGAAUUCGAUUCAGACAUCUUCUUCAAAUUUUCAUUUGAAAACAGUCAUAUUAAGGUCGCAUAGCGGAGUGGAUAUCGCGUUAGACUCCGAAUCUAAAGAUAUGAACUCAGUUGCGAGACGCAUAUCGAGCUUAUUCAGGCAGUCAGGUUACGGAACUGAGCCUCUUACUGCUCAGCUUCAGCAAAGCAGAGGCAUACGAGUGCAGGUGUAUAAUGGAAAUCUGGAAGGGGCAUUGGCAUUGAUGCAACGUAAGAUGACAUCGAGUGGGAUCGAGAGGAUGAUAAAGAUUGAACAGAGGUUUCAUAUAAAAAACUCAGAGAAGCGCGUGUUGGCACAAAAGAAUUUGCAGCGUAGGCUUCGAUCACAGGAUCUUGCUAGGAAACUCAAGGCUAUUAUGAUCAAGAAAGUCAGGGGUCUUUGAAAACGUUCCACUGCCAUUGAGAAAAAAGUGGCUGGUGGAAGUUGCAGUUAUGCAGUAAUUUUGAAGGUGACGACAGUAGUUGAAACACAUUUUCUCAAAUUGUUCUGGAGUAAUAUGUAUUUUGGCAGAAAUAGUUUUAUGUAUUAGACGCAUCACCACAGUGUUCUUCAUAAUUGGUUAAAUCUAAAGCACUUUGCUGAUGAGAAUGAGAAUUGGAUUCAAACAUCUUCAAAUUUUCAUUUGAAAACAAUCAUAUUAUGGUCGCAUAGCGGACUGUAUAUCGCGUUAGACUCUGAAUCUAAAGGUCGUGAGUUCAAUUCCCACUGCAAUCAUAUUAUAAUUUUAUGUUUUCCAUUUUGUUUUGAUUUUUUGGAAUGUUAAAAUAGCAGUAAUUUAGAGCUAUUUUGUGUGUUCAAUAAAUGAUGUAUGUCCUUGUAGGCACAUGAUAAAUUUUUUGUUAUUUAUCA